UGUCAACGUACGUUCACGUGCCCACGCCAAUUUCCAACCUAUUCCUUUUCACCAUUCGGUAAUCACACCAGGCAACCGUUCUUCCAAAUUACGUGAUCUUUCGAAACGAAAUCCACGUGAAAAAUGUCAGUGAAAAGUCAUCCAUUUACCUCUACUGAGGAAAUUAUCAAUUUUGAGACGGGAGACACAGCUGUGAUACUCUCAGGUUACGUCGAUAAGAUUGAUGGGAUGAAAACUGUCAGCAAUGGAAAAAAAACUUUGCUAAAGUUCGUAAUGAACAAUGGGGAUGGAGCGAGGAUUCGUGUACUGAUGUGGGACAAUGUCGCCAAGGUCAACUCACCGAAAAUUUCUCAUUACCAGGUGUUUCUUCAUGUUAAUAAUAGUUAGUUGUCACAACAGAAUUUUCAUCAUCAAUAUUCAUAUUCAUUAAUCGAAAACCGUGAACUAUGGGUAACACAUUUAUGUUUACAAAAAAAACAAUUCCCUACAGAAAAUGUUGUGAUGUCUUGGGGGUAAAUAAAAUAGAUGGCGCUAUUUAUCGGCCAUUUUAAUCCGCGAGUUUUUAAGUUAUUGUUUUAAGAUAAAAUUUUAAUGCCGUUGGAAAAUUUUAUAAUAACAUUUAAAAUAAAACCAUAAGGACAAACAAUGAACAGGGGAUGAAUAAAUUGACUGUCGUGAGAAAAACCGUUGGACGAAAACAUAAAUCUCAAGUUGUUGAGUUUUAAUCUAAUUUAUUACCCUCAAAACUCUGGAUAAAGGGGGUUCUUUGUAAAACUGAAACUUGAAGACAAAAAGUCAAGUCAACGGUCACGGUCCCAAGUCAUGAAAUUUGAGCACUGCUUAUUUUAAAGGUUUUCUGGGUUACAUCUUCGACACAUGUGGGAUCCAUUGUUCAUUGUUUGUUGUACAAGGAGAAAUCUAAAACCUUCCAAGAGGAGGACUUGCGUGCGCCACUUUUGGGGACUGGUGGGGGUUACUGGACCCAACCCUUAGAAGUUUAAGUUGAGAUAAGUUAGUAUUAAUACAAUUUUCCUGCUAGCAGCUUCUCUCCGUUAGCCUGUUCAAUUAGUUUUCAAGAGUUAAAUUAGGAUCAGUUAUUAGAAUAACUUUUGUACAAGGAUCCAAAUUACGGUUAGUUUUUACCAAAUAAAGUGUUAGUGUGCUCUUCUAAGCAGUUGUGUAAUUGUUUUAUUAUUGAAUUACCCAAAAAUUCAAUUACCCUCAACCUGGAGAAACAGACUUCGAUGGAGUCCUCAUUAGAGGUUUAGCGGCUAACGAACCCACAUUCAAAGAUUGGCGCUAAAUACUACUCACCUGGCGCCACCAUUCUCCUAGUUACCUAGGGAGGACAUAACAAUGUAUAUCACUAUGGGUUGCAUUACUCCUGUCAAUACUGCUUAUCAUGGGAACGAAGACGUUGUUGAUGUGGAGUUCAACGUUCAGGCAGCGAGCACCAUAAAAUAUCUGGGAAGUCUCGAUGGAGCUGGAAUAAUUGUCCCAGAAAAUUACCCUGAAGUUGCCAUGGAAACUCUACUUCGUCACCAAAACGCUCCAGUGUCAGUUACUGGAUUCAUCAAGAGUCCAUUCGUUGAAGUUGUUCAUUUCUCAGCUUCGUACGGUGGAGGCAGCAUUGUCAAUGGCAAACACAGACUCGCUGUCCAAAUUGCUAUUUUCAAGGAGACGAAAGAGAUUAAGGUUGGAACCUGUGUCAAGCUCAUGGGGAAACUGAAGUCCAGGGUCUUGAAGACAAACAAGGCAUAUCCCGAGUACUACUUCGAAGUUCCAGACAUGAGUCAUGUCGUUUUGAUCCAGGGUAAAACGACUACGGAGGAAGAAAUGUCAAAAGCGAUCAUCUCAGCGACCUCUAAACGCUACUCGACUGGAGAUUUACCGGAACCAAAACGUUUCUCGAACGGUCAGGGUGUAGAAGAAAUUCAGAGAGCGAUGUCAAUUGAGAAGAAUGACUAAGUUCAAAGGGGUAUUAUUAUCUGUACUGUUAUUUCAACUGAGAGACAAUAUUUAUUGCUGUUAUCACUAAUCUUUUCGUAGAUUUUUCUCAAAUUAAAUUCCCUGUGAUUUCAUGGAGAUUGAGAAAAAAAUUUUCAAGAGAACAAUCAUAAUGUAAAAAAUAAUUUCGUCACGUAAAGGACUUAACUUUCUAAAAAAAAAUUAUUCGAGGCUAGAAUUUCAUUAACUUAGAGAUGACUAGAGAAAGACUAGAUUUGUCGAUAACUUCUUUUCAAAGACUAAAAAACUAUAAAUUGACUAGGGCAGUAUUUCCUUAACCUAAACUCGACUAGAGAAAGACUAGAGACGUAGAUUAAUUGGAAACUCCAAUUUGUGAUAUUCAUUCGUGAGUAAUAAUAAUUUAAUUUAUCAAAAUAUAACUAAUCGUUAUAUGCAAGGGCCAAAUGUACAAAGCACUAGAGCAGUAUUUCCUUAACCUAAACUCGACUAGAGAAAGACUAGAGACUUAAAUUAAUUGGAAACUCCAAUUUGUGACAUUCAUUCGUGAAAAAUAAUUUAAUUUAUCAAAAUAUAACUAAUCGUGAUAUUCAAGGGCCAAAUGUACAAAGCGUUAAUAGAAACACAGAUUCGAAUCGUAGAUAAUUUAGAGCCUACAAAAAAUAUUUUUAAACAGUUCUUGCAUAAUGAAUACUUUUAAUAUGAGAAAAAGACUAAUUAAGUUCUCUGACGAAUAUGAUUGUUACACAUUGUGACGUAUUGGCCUCCGCCAAUGCGUCGUUUUUGAAAAUCGAUGCCCAGACAUGGGUCAGCAGUCCCACGAUGUCUUGGAGACGCUGUGGUCAGCUGCCCCAGUGUUUGGAGGAUCGGUUUGCUCCCUGCAACGCCAUUUGGACAGGGGACUGAACAAUCCAACGGAUGUUUAGACCAUUGUCAGCACCCAAAUGACGCCACAGCAGGGAUCAAAUAAAGCAGUUUCAGGGCUUUUGGCACGUCCAGUAUACUGUGUGACUGUAUGAGUCUUGCGUCAAUGAUGACACAAGACAAUAUUGGUGCAAAAAGCCGUGGAACUGCUUAGAUCAGCGAUUUGGACUUGGAGGAGAUUUAGAAACUCGCAGAGAGACAGAUACCUUCCAGGAGCAGACCAGACAGGGUCUUCCACUGCUCGUAACCGCGCUCCAAGUCC